UCAGAGUGACAAUGCAAUCUUAGGUUAAAAUAUAGGACAAAUUAAUCAGACUAAGUGGUCCUUGUUUCCACGAAAAAAAGAGGGAGGGGACCUUUACCAACGUAUGAAACAAGUACCUGUGGGAUCAGUGACUACAUUUAUUGAUGGAUUACCUAGUAUUUUAAAACACAUUAAAGCUAAACCUUUUCAUCUUACCUUUUGAUAAUCAGUUGUCCUAUAUCAAGCUUAAUAAUCUAUUUUUACCACAAUCAUGUCGACGAAAGGUGAUGGCCUGUAUAAUUUAAACUGAUUUCACUAAACAUGGCGAAUUUCACCUUACUCUCUGGAUCUGUAGCGUCUACGUUUGUCAUUGGAAUAUUGGUGUAUCUUCUUGUUGUAUUUAUUCGAUGCUUCGUUAAGUACCAGCGGAAGAAGAAGUUUUUUGAUAAUCUUCCGGGUUAUAGUGUGGCCGAAAAACACUGGCUUCGUGGACAUUUAUCACUGUAUUUUAAAAAUAACAGAAUUGAUUUAAAUGAACUGCAAUCGCUCGUCACAAGGUUUCCAAAAUAUUUUCGUAUAUGGUUUGGAUUCCAUAGACCGAGUAUUCAACUUGUUCACCCAGAUACUAUUAAAAUCAUUUUAAAAACAUCAGAACCCAAACCUCUUGGAAUUGGUGGUCCCUAUAGACCUGCCUUACCAUGGUUAGGAGAAGGAUUGCUUUUAGCCGGAGGAGCCAAGUGGGCACGUUCCCGUAGAUUAUUAACCCCAGCUUUUCACUUUGAGAUACUGAAACCAUAUCAGACAAUCUAUAACACCUGCACAGAUAAAUUAUUGGGGCUUAUAGAUAUAUACGCAGAGACUGGGGAAAGUUUUGAGUUAUUCCAAUUAAUUAGUAACUGCACAUUAGAUAUCAUACUACAAUGUGCAUUUUCGUAUCAAACUGAUUGCCAAAAAGACAGAGAUCAUCACCCCUACUGCAGAGCAAUAGCUAAUGUAGGAAAUCUUAUAGCUGUUAGAAAUAGAAGUAUGUUAUAUUUAAUGGACUUCAUAUGGAACAUGAGCAAACCAGGGAGAAUCUUCAAUAAAGAUUGUGAUUAUAUACAUGAUGUUGCUGAUAAAGUGAUUGAAAGUAGAAAGCAAGUUUUGGCAGCAGGAAUACAAGAAAAGAAGAAAUAUUUAGAUUUUUUAGAUAUACUUUUAUCUGCAAAAGAUGAGACAGGAACAGGUCUUUCCAAAGCGGAAAUCAGAGCUGAAGUAGAUACUUUUAUGUUUGAAGGCCACGAUACAACGACAAGUGGAAUAUCGUGGAUUUUAUAUGAAUUGGCAAAAAAUCAGUCAUAUCAAAAGUUGUGUCAGCAAGAGGUAGAUAAAGUACUGAGGGAUAGUAAUGAUUUUGUUACUUGGGAAAACCUUCACCAAUUUGAUAUUUUAACACAGUGCAUCAAGGAAGGAAUGAGAAUACAUCCACCAGUACCUAUAGUAUCACGACAAUCAACAAAGGAAACUACUAUCGAGGACAUAACAUUUCCCAAAGAUACUUCAUUCUCUGUCAAUAUAUACGGUUUACACCAUAAUCCAACUAUAUGGAAGGACCCCAUGACCUAUGACCCAAGUCGUUUUUCGAAAGACAGAGACUUGGUGCUGGACUCGUAUGCCUUUAUACCGUUUUCAGCUGGACCAAGAAAUUGCAUAGGACAAAAUUUUGCCAUGAACGAAGAAAAAACUGUGAUUGCUAGAAUUCUUGAAAGGUAUACCCUAGAGCUCGACCGAAACCACAUUGUGGAGGAACAGAUAGCAAUCGUGAUGAGGGCUAAAAAUGGAAUCCAUUGCAUAGCUAAGAGGCGAAAAUAAAUUAUUAGCUAAGUGACGGUGAAGACAGUUGUCCACACAUAUGUGCGUCCUCUCUUAUUACCUAACAUGAUAACACAAUUUUAAAAAUUUUAAAAGAACAAAAAAGUGAACGAUAUUUUGAAAUAAUGAACAAGGUUUACUAUGACUUAAUAUGUUUUAGAAUAUGAUUGUUAAGUAUUCCUACGUAAUAUCACAAUUAUUUCAAGAUAUCCCUAAAACCCUACAAAAUGUAUGUCAAUUGGACAUGCUUUGAUACUAUAUCUGCUCUUGAAUUUUUACUUGAUAACAUUUUUGUUCGCUUUGGAGAUUCCAUAUAUCGUCAAGUUAUCGGAAUUCCAAUGGGGACUAACUGUGCACCACUUGUUGCGGACCUGUUUUUGUAUUGUUAUGAGUUACAAUUUAUGACUAAAAUCAGCAAAGACCCAUCGAGACAACAUCUGAUACAAAAAUUUAACAAUACUUUUAGAUAUUUGGAUGAUAUAUUGGCUCUCAAUAAUGACGACUUCAGUAUGUAUACUAAAGAAAUUUAUCCUGUUGAACUUACUUUAAAUAAAGCUAAUACUAACAUUGACCACUGUCCUUUCCUCAAUCUUGAUAUCUAUAUCAUUAAUGGGAAGCUUAAUACAAAAAUUUAUGAUAAAAGAGAUGAUUUUUCAUUUCCUAUCGUUAAUUAUCCAUUUUUAGAUGGCGACGUUCUUAUGGGGUUUAUAUAUCUCAACUUGUAUGAUUCGCUCGUGUAUGAAACAACAUAUUAGAUUUUAGCAAAAGAAAUUUAUGUAUUACGGAAAAAUUAUUACACCAGGGUUUUCGAUAUCAUAAACUAGUCAAAACAUUUACUAAAUUUUAUCUUCGGUAUAAGGACAUCAUUCGUAAAUAUAACUCAACAUGCAGACAUCUUAUACGUUCGGGUAUUUCACAUCCAAUCUUUUAUGGUAAUAUUCUUUACAAAGCACAAAAAUGUCAGUAUUCACCUCAAAAGCUAACAAAACCUUUAAACAGACUUAUUAAGAAGGGAUAUAGUUACGAUACUGUUGUCAGGUCAUUAAAGGUUGCAUAUUUUGGCUUUAAUAUUGAUUCACUUAUAGGGUCUUUGCAUCGGAAUUAAACACAUUUAUUGUAAAACCAGUUGUUUGCAUGACACGGGUUAUGUUCUUCUCAUAUAUUUUAUGACGGUAUAAUACUAAACCCCUAACAGGAGGGAUUGUGCCCGAUAUUCAUAUGAUGAAGACAUAAUCUUUCAAUCAGUUUAAUUGAGGUCUGGAGCUGGCAUGUCAGUAACUGCUAGUAGUCUGUUGUUAUUUAUGUAUUAUUGUCAUUUUGUUUAUUUUCUUUUGUUUCCUAUUCUGACAUCGGACUCGGACUUCUCUUAUACUGAGUUUUACUGUGCAUACUGUUGUGCGUUUGUUUUUUCUACAUUGGCUAGAGGUAUAGGGGGAGGGUUGAGAUCUCAAAAAACAUGUUUAACCCCGCCGCAUUUUUGCGCCUGUCCAAAGUCAGGAGCCUCUUUGUUAGUCUUGUAUCAUUUUUAAUUUUAGUUUACUGUGUAUAAUUUGUAGUUUAGUAUGACGUCCAUUAUCACUGAACUAGUAUACAUAUUUGUUCAGGGGCCAGCUGAAGGACGCCUCCGGAAGCGGGAGUUUCUCGCUGCAUUGAAGACCCAUUGGUGGCCUUCGGCUGUUGUCUGCUCUAUGGUCGGGUUGUUGUCUCUUUGACACAUUCCCCAUUUCUAUUCUCAAUUUUAUUAUAUGUCGAAUAAAAAUUUCUUUGUCCUGGA